AUGAGGUUGACAUCACAAGUACUAUCCGAUGCACCAACAAUAAUUAACCCCGAGAAACAAGUGACACUUCUGCUUAGAAGCUUGAAAAUCCCUUAUCUCGAAAAUUUAGGUAUCACAAAGGAUACAUAUGAAGUAAUAGAUUUAACUGACAAUGAAUUGAUUGAACUAUCAAACUUUCCUAGGCUUAAGAAUUUGAAAGUAUUAUUAGUGGGAAACAAUAAUAUCACGGGUAUUAAUGAUGAUAAAUUGCCAAACAACUUACCUCAUCUUCAAUCUAUUUCAUUCAUUCACAAUAAUAUAAGCAAGUUUCUGGACGUUCGUAUCUUAUGUAGGUUCAAGAACUUGUCUAAUAUAACAUUCAUAGAAAAUCCUAUUACGGAUUCUCCUAAUUAUAGAUAUUUUAUCGUUUGGUUGAUUCCAACGUUGAAGGUAUUAGAUUUUUCAAAAGUUAAACAAAAAGAAUUAGUGAAAGCAAAAGAACUAUUCGGUGAGAGCAUAGAUGAUCCAUCUGAGCUAGCAUUGUCAAUGCUCGAGGAUAUAUCGACUACCGAAUCUAGGAAGAAUCAAAUUUCAUCAAAAGACAUUAGAAACCUUCAGGAUGUCGGGAAGAAAUUAACGGAUGAAGACAAGGCCAAAUUAUUGCAGGAGUUAGAAACCGCCGACAGUGUCGAAGAUAUUGAGCGAAUAGAAAGGGCAUUGCAUAAUGGGCAUAUGUGA